AGCUGGGGUGGUGGAGCGCUUGGGGUCAGGCUGCCGCACUGCCUGGUUUGGGCGUCGGGACCGCGAAGGUAGAGCUCCGCGUCCCGGGCGGCUACUUUCCUCUGUAGCUGCCCACAGUCAUAGGGUUUCGCCCAGGACCCAAGAACCCCUCAACCGGGCUUGCUUAGAGAAGACGCGGCCCCCCAGCCCUUGGGGCGCGGGAGUCUCGGACUGCUCCUCCUGUCGCUGGGGAACCGCCGGGUUGGGCAGCUGGGAGAAGCAGGCCAGAGCCUUCUAGAGCCUCGGGCCCGGGGACCCGUGGAGGAUGAGCUGGCUCUUUCCCCUGACCAAGAGCGCCUCCUCCUCCGCAGCUGGGUCCCCCGGUGGCCUCACCAGCCUCCAACAGCAGAAGCAGCGCCUCAUAGAGUCCCUCCGGAAUUCACACUCCAGUAUAGCUGAAAUACAGAAAGAUGUGGAAUACAGGUUGCCGUUCACCGUGAACAACCUGACCAUUAAUAUUAAUAUAUUGCUCCCUCCACAAUUUCCUCAGGAAAAACCAGUGAUCAGUGUUUAUCCACCCAUACGACAUCACUUAAUGGAUAAACAAGGGGUAUAUGUUACCUCUCCAUUAGUAAAUAAUUUUACAAUGCACUCAGAUCUUGGAAAAAUUAUUCAGAGUCUAUUGGAUGAGUUUUGGAAGAAUCCUCCAGUUUUAGCUCCUUCUUCAACAGCAUUUCCAUACCUAUAUAGUAAUCCAGGUGGGAUGCCUCCUUAUGCCUCUCAGGGUUUCCCAUUUCUUCCUCCAUAUCCCCCACAAGAAGCUAACAGGACUAUCACUUCUUUGUCUGUUGCUGACACUAUUUCUUCUUCAACAACAAGUUAUACACCAGCCAAACCUGCUGCUCCUUCUUUUGGCGUCCUUUCAAAUCUGCCAUUACCUGUUCCUACAACAGACACUUCAGCACCGGUAAGCCAGGAUGGUUUUGGUUACAAGAUGCCAGAUAUCCCUGAUACAUUUCCCGAACUCUCAGAACUAAGUGUAUCACAGCUUACAGAUAUGAAUGACCAAGAAGAGAUACUACUAGAACAGUUUCUGACCUUGCCCCAGCUAAAACAGAUUAUUAAUGACAAGGAUGACUUAGUAAAAAGUAUUGAAGAGCUAGCAAGAAAAAAUCUCCUUUUGGAGCCCAGCUUGGAAGCCAAAAGGCAAACCGUUUUAGAUAAGUAUGAAUUGCUUACACAGCUGAAAUCUACUUUUGAAAAGAAAAUGCAAAGGCAGCAUGAACUUAGUGAGAGCUGUAGUGCGAGUGCCCUACAGGCAAGAUUGAAAGUAGCUGCACAUGAAGCUGAGGAGGAAUCUGAUAAUAUUGCUGAAGAUUUCUUAGAGGGGAAAACUGAAAUAGAUGAUUUUCUCAGUAGCUUCAUGGAGAAGAGAACAAUCUGCCACUGUAGAAGAGCCAAGGAAGAGAAACUUCAACAGGCAAUAGCAAUGCACAGCCAAUUUCACACCCCACUAUAGAUUUUCCUGAAAACAUAAACUGCCAAGACAGAAAUGACACAAGACUAAGCACAUUUUUAUGUAUGAUUUUCAAAUUGGCAUUUCAUCACAGUGGCUGAAUUCAUAGAUAUCCUGUAUAGAUCGUAUGCAGAACUGAGACUGAUUUUGUACAAAUCAGAAUGAUUGCUGUGGUCUUUGCUUUGAGAAAUUUUUCUGCACGAUUUGCACUAUAAAUGUUUAUUUAUUGUUGAUCAGUCCUAUCAUAUUUAAGUUCCAUUGCUAUUCCUCUGUUAAGUACCUAUGCAUGUAAUUUUAGCUAUUAUCAAUAUUUUAUAAAAUUGCUUCAUUUAAAUUUAUAUUUUUAAUUUGAAACUGCCUCAUUUCUUUAUCAAAAAUGGUUUGUUUAGAUAUUUUUCCUCUCAACCUUUUUGAAAAAUUACUAUUUUGAACUGUAGAAAGCCUUAUUUUUCCUUCUUUCCAGAUGAUGAAACUUUCAAAAACCAUUUGUUUUUAAAUAUUCAUAGUGUCAGGAAAUACCAAACCUACUAAUGUGCCAUCUCAAGAAAGUAACUUUUAAUACACAGUAAAUCAAGAGAAUACAUCAGCUCAUAUAUUGUUUAAUUUUUAAAAUUAAGGGUACACUUAAGAAGCAAUAUAGUUAAAUAAUUAUUUUACCUAAUAGAAAAAAAUUGCCUUCUACUUCAUCUAGUCCAACAUAAACUUUCAUACUAAUUUUUUUAUAUAAGUAUCUGAUAGGUUUGUGAUUGGAUAAUGAUAUACUUUCUAAAUUCCUAAUGUUAAAAAGAAUCUUUUUGUUAAUAAAUAGUAAGUCUAGACACAGAAGUCUGAUUUUUUUUUUUUUAACUUUACUGUGAGCUAGCUUUUCCUAAGAACAGGUUUAGUAAUGAAAUUAAUAUUUAACUUUUAGGCAGUGUAGUUUUUAAUUAAUUUUAUUGAAGCUCUUUAAAUUGUAAUUUGCUUCUAUACAGUGUUACAGAAUUAACACAUUUUAUGGGUAGCUGUAAAAGCUAAUAACGGAGAAAAUUUGUAACUAUAUGUAUCUGAGGCUUGGUAAGGCCAUGUCUAAAUCACAAAACAACUUAAUGCAUAUUUUUAUUUAAAUUUCCAUCCCAAUAUGUAUUGUUACUCCACAUGCCAGCAUAUAGUACUACGGUUUUAUUUUUCAUUCUUUUUCUUUCUGUACACAUUCUUGGCAAUAGAACUUUAGGAAAAACAGAAUUAUUUUCUUAGACUUGAAAAAUAAUAAUCUGUCUUUGUGGAAGACCAAGUAUUCAUAUGGACUAUAAAUAUAUAAUUGGAAUAAAGAUACUAACUUUCAUUAAUUGCCUGUCUCACUGGCGCUGUGCUAAGGGCAUGUUGUUUAAUCUUCAAAAUGACCAGACAUGAUUUUUAAUAGACUUGUGGAUGAAAUAACUGAGAUAAAAACUGCCAAAUGGAAGAAAUUAAAAGCUCAACCUCAGUAUUAGGCAAAGAAGUUUCUAAGAGUUGAUAACUACAAGAAUGGCAUAUAAUGAUGGACAUUUGGAUUGCUCAAAAUACAUUUUACCAGGUUUCAUCCUUUGCCAUCAACAAGGGAGGUGUUAAAAGACCAAGUAUUACUCCCUUCAAAAGCAUUCUCCUUAUGUGCAAAGAGCAUUGUACUGGGCAAUAUGAGUAAUGGAGAGAAUACAGAUCCAGCCAUAAGGAACUUGAAGUAUGGAGGCAGAGUUCAGGUUAUCUGCUUAGCUAAAAAUAUGAAACGGCUAUGCUGCUGCGUUUCACAUAUCCUGAGUCAUGAGAGACGUUCACGGAACAGUGGUUAUCAAGAGCUAAGCACAGAAAAGAGACAAGAACGAGUGUGUCUUACGUCUUCUAGGGCCUCUAGUUCUUCCUCCAGCUGCUGGGUCUCCUCCUUCACUGCCAUAAGCGUGACAAUAUUCUUUCAAAUUAUGGGGAAAUAAUUAGAUCGAAAUAGUUAAGAACAAAAGCAAAUUGAGGAGGAAAAACAACUCUAAAGGAAGCCACUAACACGGAGUGCGUUUUGAGGGGUGCACAGGGAGAAAGAACGGGGUUUCUCCGUUUAUUCUGUUCCUCACUGAACUCCUACAAGAUCUGUCCAUUGUACGAAUGAGGAAAUCAAGGCGAAGAGAGAUGGAGAAGUUUCUCAAAGUCACGUAGUCACAGAGACACACAGUGAGUGGAAUUGCCAGGAUUCAAAGGCAAGCCGACACCAGUAAAGUGACUGGUUCACAGCAAACCACAAAACUGUCUAGGAAAACAGGCGAGCUUGAAGGAAGCACUCUGCUACUUUUCAUCAUUUACCACUUAACCAGGAAUCACACUUGAAGUUCCUGAGAGAAAACUGAGUAUCCACCAGAAAAAGCUAUUUUCUUUCUGUUCAGACUAUAAAACCAGGGAAGUCCAUUUUACUUGAACUGAUCAUUUCCGGAAUUAAAUCUGAUAUUAUUAUAUACACCACAGUUAAAAUCAUUUUAUGACAAUUUCAAAACUGUUCUCUCGUUGCAGUUCAUAAAGCACUUUGCUGUUAAGUUUUUGACUUUGCAAUUUAAGUUCUACAUUUCAUUGACUUUCCCCCUGGAUAGAAACAAUACAGUUUUAAUCUGAAUAAAAGAUGACUUGGGGCUUCAAA